AAUGAGAAAUGUGGGUUCCCUCAUUUGGCAGCUUUUCUUUUUUACUUUCAACUGUUGAAAAACAUAUCUCUCUAAUGGUCAUGCAAAAUGGCUCCCUGGAUGGUUUUCAAAACAAAAUGUUUCAAUUCCAUGAGAGCUUCUGUUUAAUUUACUUGUAGCAGUUGACAUUAACAAGCAAUGGGAAAGAGGAGUUGGUUUAGCAUAAUAAAGAAAUUGUUUGUUUCAGACAAGGGGAAGAGAACCACUAACAGAAGCAGCAGUAGUAGAACCAAAAGGGUAUUUGGAUUUUUGAAACCUAAAAGAUUAGCUUCACUUGAAGCACCACCAUUAAAAUCAAUAGAUGAAGCUGAUAAAAAGCCAAAGGAUGAAUUUCAUACAUCAGUUUCUUCACCAGCCAAAACUCAUGUUGAAGUUCCAGUUGCAGACAUUUCCCAGAUUUCUGGCAAAGAUGAAGAACAUCGACAAGUUUCAGUAUUUGCUCAAAUCCAAUUUCUAGCUGCUAUCAGAAUUCAAACUGCAUUUCGGGGUUUUCUAGCAAGAAAAGCAUUGAGAGCAUUGAAGGGACUAGUGAGGCUUCAAGCAAUAAUCCGAGGAAGAGCUGUUAGACGACAAGCCAUCACUACACUCAAGUGUUUGCAGUCUAUUGUAAACAUCCAGUCACAAGUAACUGCUAGAAGAUCUCGAAUGCUAGAAGGAACCGACUUACAUGAUGUCAAAGUCAAGGAGAUUAAGGUUGAUUCCAACAGUGAGAGAAGAUUGGAUGAUUGUAUAAUGUCAAAGGAAGAGGCAAAGGCCUUAUUUCAUAGCAAGAGAGAAUCUCUUAUUAAAAGAGACAGAACAAAGGAAUUUUAUCUCAGCCACAGAAGAUCAGCAGAUUCAGAAAGGAACAAGUUCAAUGAGAGAUGGAAACAUUGGUUAGAACAAUGGGUGGAUAACAAAUUAGCAAAAGAGGAAGAAAAAAGGAAUUUGGAGAAAGAAUUUGAAAAAAGAAGGAUAAAAUUAAGAAAUUCUUCAAGCACAUAUGGAACAAUACCUGCAAAAUCAAGUGGAAGGAGUUCAUUUCACCAUAAGAAACAUAUAUCAGCUGGAGAUGACAGCAAUUUUCCAAUCUCCCCUGUUUUACCAAGUUAUAUGGCUGCUACUGAAUCAGCUAAGGCAAAAACAAGAUCAUUAAGCUCACCAAGACAAAGGCCAGGGAGUUUAGAUUCUUAUUCUGAAACAUAUUCACCUUAUAAGAACAAACUCCUUAUAACAUCCUUCAAUAGUGAAGCUGCUACAAGCAGUAACACAAUCUGCACUUCUAGAACUUAUCAGGAUAGAUCUCCUGGCUUGAAAGGGCUUCCUGCUGCUGGUGGUUCAGCAAAAUUGAGCAGGAAUUUUAAGGAAUAGGAAGAGAAGAUUCAAGUGUUUAUCAUUUAUGGGGAAAACAACUAGAUGAUGGUUAAUACCAUAAGUGUGAACUUAUUCAAAUGGUAAGAUUAUAUUUUAUUAUGUCAUCAGAUCAAUCAAUAUGCUUAGACAGUGGCUUGGAAGUAGUGGCUAAUUGUACCCUCUUUUAUUCAUUAUUAUUAUUAUUAUUAUU